GGAUGCAAUAUCCUGAGCAGAGAUAUCAACGAACGCUCGAAGGGUAUAAAUACUUAGAGACUAGAUAAAAUCCUUACUAUAUACACGGCCAACAACUUCCAGGUACUGUAAAAGACCUGAGCCGGAUUGAGGAAGCCCGGAAAAUGUAUGAAUGAGCUCUCGAAGGGAAGGAGGAGGCAUGGGGAUUGGACCACAUAUCCACCCUGGAUAUUAUUAACAAUCUCGGCACACUCCUUUCACGAGAGGGCUGGACGAAAGAUGCUGAGCAGCAGUAUCUGGCAAAGCGACCAAAGGAUAUAAGGGCACGGGGGCAAGGUGACUCUUCCACUGUGGACGCCGCUUACAGCCUUGGAUUACUGCAUCUCAGGCUAGGUUGCAUGAAGGAUGCUGAGCUGAUGUAUCAGCGAGCUCAUAUGCUAUUAAUAAGUUACUGGUUGACCGCCUGUCUCUCGUCAUGCCUAUUCUGGUAUGAACAUCCGACUGAGGUCACAGCUUCAACUACGGCAUCUGAUAUAAGACCGUAUGUCAAGAUUGAAGCAUGGCCCCUCGUCGUGAGGUCGAGACCGUGACAGAGCAUAACGGAGCGCAAAAUUGCCUGGGCAAUUGCAAACCAACACUCUCUCUACUCUUCAUUUCCUUGAUGAACUGAGGUCACCGUGCAAGCCCGACAAAGAAGCCGCCAGCACGGUGUCUCACUCGCGAACUUUAAGAACGCUGAUAUAACCUCGCCAAGGCACAAGCUGGCGGUCCCAAUUCCGCCUCCAGAUUUCAAAGAACCGCUCUCUCUGACACCAAUCGGGACCCAGCCAUUCUCCAAAAGAUCAAGAGAAUCUUAAAUAGCGUAAGCUUUAGGCAACAUCUAUCGUUACGCCAAGAGAGUAAAUGUAAAAUGGUCCCAUCGCGUGCGGGUAAGUCGGCAUUUG